UAUGUAUUUCAGGAACUUUCGGCAAAGCUGGGCGACGACAAAUCGCUAUCCGAGCACUUGAAGCUUCCACUUCAGAGAAUCAACGACUAUAAGCUUCUGUUUAAGGACCUAAUUAAACUAUCUCAAUGCUUCAAAGAUAAUGUUAGGGACUUGGAGAGAGCUUUAGAACUAAUGCUUAGCGUGCCAAGUAGAGCCUAUGAUAAUAUAUUUAUAUCGAGUAUUGAGGGCUAUAGAGGUAACAUACAGAAAUUGGGCAGGUUGUUGCUGCAUGAGCCUUGCUUGGUUACAGAGAAGGAUGGUAAAACCCAUGAGAGAUAUUGCUUCCUGUUCAAGUCUAGAAUCUUAAUAACGAAAGUUCGCAAAAUCUCUGAAAAGAAAUCGAUAUUUAUUUUGCAAAAUAUCAUCAAGCUUCCGCUGUGCAAUAUCGAAGAUCAAAUUGAAG